AUGGAUAUAUCACAUCCUAACAAUUUUCUGCAACAGGAAGAACAUCGGUUAGCCACGUUCAGCGGACAUGAGAUAUUUCCCAUCGAUAUUAGGAAAUUGGCCGAAGCCGGAUUUUACAGUACGGACGCAGGGAAUAUUGUGAAGUGCUUUGAUUGCAAUUUGGAAGUUGAUGUUACAAUUCUCGCAGUGUCAGAUGACAUCGUUAAGAUUCACAGGGAGAUGAACCCUCAUUGCUCAUUCGCGUGCAAACUGGCCACUAGAGUAUACAGGAACAUGACGUUCGUCACCUACGAUUCUCUAAGAUACGAAGAACAGCGAUUAGGAACCUUCAUCGACUGGCCUCAUGAAUGGCUGAAACCGUCAGAAUUGGCGGUCGACGGAUUUUACUAUCUCAGGAAAAGGGAUUACUGUGCGUGUAUCUUCUGCAGAGGGAUAGUUGGAGCCUGGGAACGGGGUGACACGCCAAGAGGAGAACAUCAGCGCCAUUUUCCUCACUGUCCCUUUAUUAGGGAUCAGCCAGUUGGAAAUGUUCCCAUUAUUCCUGGCAAUAUUUUAGCCAGGUUACCGGCACUACAUGUGAGUCUGGACGAUUGCAGAUCGUCAAGACGUGUUAAGGCCGACGUUUGCGGAUUAUCGUCAAGACACAUGGCCGGAUCAUAUCCCGAAUGCAGAGGAUCUCUGGAGGGAAUUGGUCUCUCCCAGCAUUCUGGACCGACACGAAGUGAUUUCAUGACAGUAGAUAGCCGAUUGGAGACCUAUGUCGAAUGGCCUGAGGAUAUUGGUCUGCAUAUACAAGAUCUUGCCGAAGCUGGAUUUUUCUACUGUGGUCUGAGUGAUCAUGUUCGCUGUUUCCACUGCGGUAAGGGUCUUCGCAAUUGGAUAUCUAGCGAUAUACCUUGGAAGGAACACGCUAGAUGGUAUCCUACAUGCAGAUUUGUUUUAUUGAUGAAAGGCCAGGACUAUAUCAAUAAGGUCCAGCAAGAAUAUCCACCAUACACCCGCAUAGCAAGUACUAUAUAUUCGGGUAUCGAUAAAGCUGCUUCCGGUAGCAGUAAUAAUCCAACGGAGGUGCAAUCCAUAUCCGAACAAGAAUUGGAUCUAUUGAUGAGUUUGGAUAUCGCCAAGGGUGUACUGAGACUGGGAUUUCCUAGUUAUAUAGUCAGGGCCACCCUUAAAGAUCGGGUUGAACAAACCGGCGAACCGUAUAUCAGUAUAGAGCCUUGUCUUGAAGAUGUCAUACAGAGAAUGAACGAAACAGAGAAUCAGGUUGCAGAUAAUCGUUCUGAAAGUACAGAGUGUGAGCCGUCAUCUGGCGAGACUGAUAUUUUAUCUUCGAUAUCUGAACAACAAACUUUUGUAUUCCCAUCUACGUCUGGAACCAUGGAGAAUCGGGUUGCAAAUAUUCAGUCGCUUCCAUACGAAUCUACCGAGGUUGAACUAUUAUCUCAACAACAAGUUUCUAUAUUGCCAUCUACAUCUGAAAUAAGACGACAUCAAGCUUCGGGGUAA